AUGCACAAGCACUCAGGCAAUCGCCUAGCAGAAUCAAAUUGCACAGACAGUUCAAUGAAUCCAGCGAUAAAUGAGAUAAUAAAAAUAUGCCAAAACGACGAUGAUGAAGCUGCUGAUGAUGAAGCUGCUGAUAAUGAAUCUGAUGAUGAAUCUGAUGAUGAAGAUGAUGAAGCUAAUGAUGAAGAUGAUGAAACUGAUGAUGAUGAAGCUGAUGAUGAAGAUGAUGAUGAAGAUGAUGAAGCUGAUGAUGAAGAUGCUAAAGCUGAUAAUGAAGAUGAUGAAGCUGAUGAUAAAACUGAUGAAGCUGGUGAUGUAGAUGAUGAUGAUGAUGAAGCAGAUGAUGAAGCUGAUGAUGAUGAAGCUGAUGAUGAUGAUGAAGCUGAUGAUGAAGCUGAUGAUAAAGCUAAUGAUCAAGAUGAUGAUGAUAGCGAUGAGUGA